AAGCUCCAAACGAAUCGAGUUAACUGACUCGGUGUUUUGUGUCUGUGCCGCUAAAUUUAUCCACCGACCCCACGGAGUCAGCUAGUUUCAUUUUACUACCGAGAUUUUAGACUGCAUAGUAAAAAAGUGUGGCUUGUAAUUAUUUCUAACUCUCUAGGCUAAAGUUUAUAGUAAAUAAGCUUCAGACACCAGCUCGCUAGCUACCUCGCUAGGCAACACACACACACACACUCAUGAUGUUUUGGUCAGCAUAAUGACACGUAAUUUAUAAUACCCACACACGCAAUUUCCUUAUUGAUUCACUUAACAAAUAAUCUUAUUCGGCUUGUCAACCAGCUCGACACUUGCUGGGAGGAAUGUCGAUAGUUUGCAUGUCGAUAGUUUAGUUUCUAUCUGGAUGUAGUUUGUUUACAGUUGAAAGCGAAAAUGCUGCGCGAGCCGGGAGCCGCGAGCCACCAUGCCAGGGGCAUCAGCAGGGCGCGCGAGCACUUCCCACAUCGCUGUUUUAGUGACAGUGAGGAUUACACACAGCUUCCCUAGAAAGAGAGUUUGCUGAAGGAUUUCAGAGAGCAUGGCUGGUGUGCUGCAUUUGCUUCUUUUAUGGCUCUUGGUGAGAGUUUCAGAGCCCCGGGAUUAUGUGGGUAGUGGACUGGAUUUUGGGGCAAGCAUUGAAAGGAUUUUGCCCUCCGUUUCUCAUCGUGCCAAUGGCAGUAUUUUCUAUGGAAUCAUGUUUGAUGCUGGGAGUACUGGAACGCGUGUCCAUAUCUACACCUUCAUGCAAAAAGAGUCAAACCGUCUCCCCAUUUUGGAUAAUGAAAUGUUCCAGUCUGUGAAGCCUGGUUUAUCUGCCUAUGCUGACACGCCAGAAAAAGCCGGGGACACCGUGAAGCAAUUGCUGGACGUUGCCAAGAGCACAGUGCCUCGUGUGGAGUGGAAACGAACCCCGGUGAUGCUGAAGGCUACAGCAGGACUGAGGAUGCUGCCACCUUCCAAAGCUCACGCGCUUCUACAGGAGGUUCAAGACGUGUUUGAGGACUCUCCAUUCUAUGUGCCUGCUGAUAGUGUAAGCAUAAUGGAUGGAACAAGUGAAGGAGUUUUGGCCUGGGUGUCUGUAAACUUUUUGACCGGUCAACUGUACCCCAACACGAGAAAGUCAGUAGGGAUUUUGGAUUUGGGUGGAGGAUCGACGCAAGUCACCUUUCUUCCAAAAAAAACAACCAAGAGAUUUCCUCCUGAUUACACAGCAAGUUUCAGUAUGUUUAACACAACAUAUAAAUUGUACACUCACAGUUAUUCAGGGAAUGGAAUCAAAGCUGCUCAGCUUGCUGCUAUUGGUGCUUUGGACUCAAAAGCUCCAAAAGGGAAGGUUUUUCAGAGUGCCUGCUUGCCUAAGAAUUACAAAGGGAAAAUUAGCUUUGGAGGGUUAAUAUACAAAGUCAGCGGAAAGCCAGGAGGUUCUACUGGAUACAAGAGCUGUUACAGAGAAAUGCUAAAGGUUGUGAAAGGCUUCAUUCAGGAGCCAGAUGACAUGGAAGACAGCUGGAUCUACGCCUUCUCUUACUACUUCGACCAUGCUGUUGAGGCCGGCCUUGUUGAUGAAGCCCGAGGUGGAGCUGUGCAGGUUCGGGACUUCAGGGGGAGAGCUAAAGAGGUGUGCAACAAAAUGUCCAUGUAUAAUCCUGACUAUCCCUUCCUGUGCAUGGAUCUUACAUACAUAACCUGUCUUCUGAAGUCUGGUUAUGGUUUUGAAGAGGAAACAGUCCUGAAGUUGACCAAGAAGCUGCACAAUGUGGAGGCCAGCUGGGCUUUGGGAGCCACUCUCAGUUACUUCGAACACUUUAGCAUUGUCUAAGAAAAAGCCAAGAAUCAGCUUGUCUUUCCCACAGUUCUGUCCUUUUCUAGUAGUGAAAUCACAUGGCUUUUGUAGUGAACUAAGAUUUGUCAUUUACAAUAAAGAUUUUUAGAUGCCCUUUGUGCUUUUAAAAAAUAUAGUGUGAGUAUAUUUUUAGGGGAUCAAUAAACAUCAAUAAAACUUUUUUUUUUUUUAGACUUGGAUA